CAAAAUCCUUUUUGCAAAUUGUACAAACUUUUAUUUGAACUACAAAAGAACAGAAACAAAAUCAAAUUAUACCCCUGUUGUAGUUCCAUUCUACCAUGGCAUUAACAUUAACUCAAAAUAAUACAUUUUCAUACGCCCAGACAAGACGUUUCAAAUCCUUAGGCAUAAAUGGCAGAUACCCACAAGUUUUAAAUCUAAAGAAAAGCUGUUUGAGAUGCAACACUUUGUAUGAAGACAAAGAUAACUCCCCAACAGCUUGCUCUUUCCAUGGCCACACCAAUGGUGAUAAAGGAUUAUUAGCACUUGCUCCACCCCAUCAAGGCAUUGAUGGUGAAUGGAGUGAUGGUUCAGGGGUCAUUGUUUACAAAUGGAAUGAAAAGACCGAUCGACCAAAUACUGGGAGGGCUAAUUGGAAAAAAAGAUGGAGCUGUUGUGGUGAGUAUGGUGAAAAUGCACCACCUUGUCGCCAAGGUUGGCAUGUCUCCUAUGAUGAUGGAUAUACUCUAUACUAGUUAAUCGAUGAGAUAAACGAUGCAAGUUUCUCCUCUUUACAUGUAUAGUAUGCUAAUAACAAUAUUAUGUGGUUAUAUAUUACUUCGUAUAUAUAUAGUCCUCUUUAAACUACCA